UUGCAAUAAAACGCCGAGCUGGGAAAAGGAAAGCGCUUUGGAAGAAAGUGGUUCGGUAGUAUCACUUAAACAUGUCCGAGCAACCGGAGGUUAACGGCCUUACUGACGAAGCAGCUUUUAGUGCCUGCUCGGAUCCUGACCCCAGCACGAAGGAUUUUCUGUUGCAACAGACAAUGUUAAGAAUAAAAGAUCCUAAGAAGUCGCUGGAUUUUUAUACUCGAGUUCUUGGCAUGACACUACUCCAGAAGUGUGACUUCCCUUCUAUGAAAUUCUCCCUCUACUUCCUGGCUUAUGAAGAUAAAAAUGAUAUUCCAAAAGAUGCAAAAGAGAAAACAGCUUGGACUUUUUCUAGAAAGGCCACAAUGGAGCUCACACACAACUGGGGCACAGAAAAUGAUGAGGACCAGACUUACCACAAUGGCAAUUCAGACCCACGAGGAUUUGGUCACAUUGGAAUUGCUGUCCCUGAUGUAAAUGCAGCUUGUAAACGAUUUGAGGAGCUAGGAGUAAAAUUUGUCAAAAAACCAGAUGAUGGUAAAAUGAAAGGGCUGGCUUUUAUCCAGGAUCCUGAUGGCUACUGGAUAGAAAUCCUGAAUCCUAAUCACAUGGUGACUCUUAUCUAAGUUGGAAAUAUUGCAGUGAUCUUUCAUCAAGAGUGACUGAAAAUAUACAAAAAUGUGCUCCUGCUGUGAGGCAUGUACUGGAUUUAAGAGAAGAAAGUUUAUAUAGUCACUAAAGCCCAUAUGGUGCAAUCCCACGCCCCCCCCCCCCCUUUUUGGCCUGUUCUUCUGUUUGGCUUAUCCUGAAGAUGUUUUAGCAUAGUUAGUAACUGAAGAGCAUAAAUACCUCCUGGAAGUGCUAUUACAUACUUGUGCAAAAAUCUUGUUCCCUUUUCAGGAUUUGCUGAAUUUGGAGGGUUUUACAGUCAUACUGCCUUUCAUAGUCCAAAAUUAGGCAGGAAAAUUUAUACAUUUAAAUUAUUUGGACAUGCUGAAAAGACAACAUAGCAAACUUAAAUAAAUUUGUGAGGACAGAAUAGAAUGCAGAAGUCUUGUUCCUUUUUCCUUUGAUGGGGACAAAGCUCCAUUUGAAUUUACUGGAAUUUGUUCAGAUCUCGGUACAUGGUGAUAAGCUACUCUUGCAACACUUUACAGGUACUUCAGUUUCU